AUGUACAGCAAUAACAACGCGUUGACGACGACGACGUCGCGAUAUUCUCGUCACCAAAGUAAUAACAGUUAUCACCAGACGCAGCAGCAGUAUACAUUAUCACCAACAAAGUAUACGCAUUCACCGUAUACCUCAUCCCCGACCAAGUACAAUCACACGUACGAUAGUUAUUCGUCUCCUGUAAAGCCAACGUCUUAUCGACAACGCAGUUAUGCUGAGUACUAUACGUCUCCUACUAGUCCAACGUACUAUACCCAUCACCAACAGUUCCAGCACCAGCACAAUCAACACCAGCAACAACACGAACUUUACAAUUCUGGAGCUUCCACGGCGUCUUCUUCUUCUCAAGAAGGUCCAUUCUAUGCCGAUGAAUUGGAUGAGCUUGAUGAUUAUAAUAUGGGCAUGGCUAGUGCUGAUAUGACAACAAUUCCUACGGUACCAACCCCAAUAAAGCUAAGCUUAUAUGAGGCAGGCAAGACUCCAUCUGGUAGAGUUAUGGUCACGGCUGGUAAUCAGACUGUCGAGUUUUUUUCGUGUACUGUUAAUGCACCAUUCUCACGGUGUAUGAUUGUGCACGAGUAA